AACAAAUUAAUGAAACAUAUUAAAAUAACAAUACUUUAUGGCUGACUCAAUUUGAGAUCCUCCCCAAUAAGGUUACCACAAUGUUUAAUUAGGGUUUCUGGUUUUUCUUUGGGGACGAAGAAAACGAGGCUAUAAAAGGUUAGACCUCCCUCUUUUCUUUCCUCUCAACUUUUUGGUAUACUGUUGUGAUUUGUUUUGAAAACGUAGGCGUUCUCAUUAUUUUUAGGGCUUGAAAACAAUGGAUAGGAUCAGUUUAUUGCCAGAAGACUUGAUCUUGAAAAUAUUAUCAUCAGUUCCAACAAAAUUUUCUGUAACCACAAGCCUUUUGUCAAAAAGAUGGUGUUAUCUUUGGAAACAUGUACCGAAGCUCUUGUUCUAUCUGGGUCACUCUGACUACCAGAGGGCUUCUCGUUUAGUUCACACGUUUUUGUUACUAAACAAGGCUCCUGUCUUAGAAUCGAUGCAUCUCUCACUUGGUCAAAACGGUUCUUCCAUUGACAUUGAUACAUGGACUCGUGUUGCAAUUUCUCGUGGUGUGCGCAAUCUUCUAUAUUUCAGAUUUUCAGCAACCCUACGGUUGCCUAGGAGUCUGUAUACAUGUGAAACCCUUGUGACUUUAACCCUAAUUGCAGCUAUCAUUGUGGAUGUUCCUUUGACCAAUAUUUGUUUCCCGUCACUCAAGGCUUUGAUUCUUUUGUUUGUUGAUUUCUUAAGUGAUGAAAUCGUUAGUAGUCUUUUAUGUGGUUGCCCUGUCCUUACAGAACUGAACGUGUCUCGAUUCAGCAAUGCCAGAGUGAAAACUUUCACAGUCUUUGUUCCUUCACUGCAGUGUUUAACCAUCAUAGACAUCAAAAAGGGUUCUCAAGCUCAAGGAGAUGAUGUUGGGUUUGUGAUCAAGGCUCCUUCUUUAAAUUCGUUAACUAUUUAUAGCGAGUUUAGUUGGUUUUGUUCAUUAGUGAAAAUGCCCUACCUCGUUAAGGCUAAUGUCAAGCUUCCACAUGGUGACUCUAAGAAGUUUAAGGGUUGUCUUACCUCAGCCAAGCACCUUUCCUUGUGUUUACAACCACCACUGGAUCCAUCUCAUAUAGGAGUCUUCGACCAGCUCGUGUCUCUGAAUCUUUGUACAUGCUCUUUAGAUUGGUGUGGUCUUAUACUCAGACAUACACCUAAACUCAGAGUUCUCAGAUUCGUGCUUUUUCGAGCAAAUGUGUCUCCAAAGAUAGUUAAUAUUAUAAAGAAAUGUAGAAUGAGUUACGGAGAUUCCAUCACUCAAUGGGAGCAACCGAGUUCUGUUCCUCAAUGUCUGACUUCGAGCCUUGAAACUGUUGAGUGGAUUGAUUACAAAGGAACACAAACAGAGAAAGAAAUGGUUAUGUAUUUCUUAAAGAACUCCAGACAGCUAAAGAAAGUGUCUAUUAGAUCCUUAGCAUCCAUCAAUUUAAAUGAGAAACACAAGAUGCUGCUAGAGUUGGCGUCUGCGCAGCGGAUUUCUAGCGAGUGUCGGCUUUUGUUUACCUGAAGUUACGUUGGAUCUCAGAGAUCUACAACUAGCUUUGUUUUUGUUCUUUCUUGGAGUGUCAUUGCCUCAUUGGUUAGUGGUUACAUUGUUUUGUUAACUUUACAAGUUUGGAUAAGAGUGGAAGGGCUUUAUUGUGAUCAAUAUAUGCGACUCGCAUGUUAUUACUCCUCAAGUACUUCCUCUUACUUGUGUCAUUAGGAUCAUGAGAAUGCAAACUCUCUUUCAGAAUUUCAACGUUAACUAUGGCUGAUGCUAAACAUUUGAAUUUGAAACAAACCUCUUCAAAGAAAUAUCACAACUUCUCGUCAAUGCUUCGGUUUGUUUUCUAAACAUUUUUAUGAUGAAAAAAAAAAACAUUUUUAUGAUGAAAAGUGAAAGCUGUUCAUGCUGAACACUCCUUCACAAUUUCUCAUCUUUUUUUCUUUCUAUUUCUGUAUUCAACAACAUAUACACACAUUACAAUCAAGUUUGAUAAGUUCACAGAAUACAUUAACUUCUUCUUUUUGUUAAAGAUAUCUUUGGUCGUCAAAAUAUUCGGUUAACAUAUAUCUCUUAAUAUCUAGAAUUCAAAUUCAUGCUGUAUUUUGGUUUACACUAGACUUUUCAAUUAGGAUUCAGAUUCUUUCUCUCUAUAUUUUAUACAAUAAAUUAAUUCUUUCUGAACACAAUUUCUGAAAAUAUCAUGUAUCGCUUUCCUUUUGGACAUUUUUUUUUCCAAAAUCUAUGAUUAGUUUACUCAUUUAUUUUUAUUCAUUGAGCUCGCAUCACAAAUUCUGAAAAUUUGGGUAUAUCUCCAUAAGUCCAUACUAUUUGACAUAUGUUUUUUUUUUCUCUAUUUCAGAUUCUGAAUUUUGAAUAAUAACAUUUUAUUCUUUAUACAAAUAAAAUAUUUUUUUAACACAAUCUCUCAGAGGCUGUUAAAUGUCACUUUAUUUUGGACAUUUUCAAAAUAUACAAUUAAUUCACUUAAUCUCUUAUUUAUUUAUUGAGUUUGCAUCACAAACUUUGAGAAGUUGUCAUGUAUCACUAUAUGAUUUGACAUAUAUUUUAUACAGAAAUUUAGACGCCAAAAAAAUUAAUAAAAUUUCUAAAUAAUUUUUAGAUGUUAUUGUAGUAAACGUCGAGUUUAUAUUUUGCUUUAUCUUAGAUAAUUCAGGGAUACGCAGAUAUGCAUAUUUCUUUUUAUCUGUUGAUACAAAAAGUACGGCCAGACUUCUGCUUAUACAAAUCCUAAGUGUGUUAUCGGAAAAAGAGUUUUUUUUUUACCUUUUUAAAAAUUAUAAAUAGUCUUCUAAACCACGUGUUUUGAUCGACUAGCAACUUGAGAGAGCUUUUGUCCAAAUUUUCAAAGAAUCACCGGCGAUGUUCUUUUGCUGCAUUAGGUAUUUUCUUAAUUUUGAAUUUUUUUUCUGAUUUUCGUAUUACCUUUUGAUCUGAAACUCCAAAAAGAAAAAACAGUUUAACUACUGCUUAUCACUAAAAGCAAAACAUAUGUCAGAAGAAUUCCGUCGAAAGUGAUUAGUUUGGAAGUUUUCUUUAAUUUCGGUUUAGGUUUUAAAGUGAAAGCUAAUACCUAAUUCGUGUCUACCAAGAAAGAAAACUUUGAAGAUAAUCAAAGAGGAGUGGGAUCAUAUGGAUAGGAUAAGUAAGUUGCCUGAUGCGUUGCUCUUGGAAAUAUUGUCAUAUUUACAAGAGAAGUUCUGACCACAAUGGUUUUAUCGAAACGAUGGAAUUAUCUUUACACGUUUGUGCCAACACUUGAAUAUGAUCAUAACAGUUAUCCAGAUGGUGAGGACAGGAGCUUCUCACGGUUUGUUUACAGUUCUUUGCUGUUGUCUUUCGUACUUGGUCAAAACACUGGUUCUAUAGAUAUUGGAGUUUGUGUUAGAACCGCUAUUAAACGCCAUGCGCGUCACCUGAAUAUUGAGAUUGAUGAUACUUGUUCUGCUGAAACUAUCAAUCCAGUGAUACUUCCUACUAGCUUGUA